CGAGGGCUCGCGAUCCCCCUGUCAAUGCCUCUCUUUUAUCUAUUUUUCUUUUAUUUCUAAUGGCUUCUCAAUUAUUACGUUCUUCUCUUCGUGCUAUUGCACGUCCUAGCCUUGUUAAGAGCUUCGUUGCUCCUAGCAUGACCCAACGUAUGCCUACUGUUGCAUUCACCGCUACGCGUUCUUUCUCUGCCGGUAUGGCUCGUAUGAGCAACGGUGUUGUUGAUGCUGAUCUUACUCACAAGUUGGACGAAGAGCUUCAAUACGAACAAUCCAACGCCGAAGCUGGUCAACCUGAAUUUGUCAAGGAGUUUUUGGAAGCCAACUCCUUCAAGAUUGAGGAUAAGGCUGGUGUCGAUGAAGUUACUCUUUCUCGUACCUUUGGAAAUGAAAAGAUUCGUGUCUUGUUCUCCAUCUCUGAUAUCAACAACGCUUCCCCCGAAGGUUUCCUUCCUGAGGAUGAUAUGGUUGAGGCCGAGACUGAGGAAGAUGAUGAAGCCGUCUCUUUCCCCGUUCGCGCUUCCGUCACCAUUGAAAAGGAUGGUCAAGGUGCUGUCACAAUUGAUACUGUUGCCCAAGAUGGUGAGAUCGCUGUCGAAAGUGUCAUGUAUUAUAAGGACGGUAAAUUAGCUGAUGAACAAUCUGCUGAGGCUGACUGGCAACGUCGUGGACUUUACAUUGGUCCUCAAUUUGCCGAAUUGGAUGAAAACCUCCAAAACCUCUUUGAACGUUACCUCGAAGAGCGUGGUAUUAACACUGCUUUGGCCAACUUCUUGCCCGAUUAUGUUGAGCAUAAGGAACAAAAGGAGUAUACCCAAUGGCUCCAAAACAUGAAGAACUUCAUCUCUGCUUAAAAAGUUCUUUUUUAAAUAAAAAAUUGUAAUAUAUAAAUAAAAAUAAACAUGCACACAGAA